AUGUCUUCAAGUCCAUAUGUUGGUGAAACUGAUGGUUCUCAUAUAAAUAUUGAUGAGGAGGAUGAUGAUUUGGAGGAAAUGCCUCAUCUUGGAGAGCCAACAACAAUAAAAAAAAAGUGUCUCGCAAAAGAAGGAAACAUGAAGCGACACAUCUCCACUUGUGUUAGAAAAGAUAUCCGCUAUGUAGGUCAGUUACUAAUUAGCUCUGGAUCUAUGUCUUUAUCUGGUAAUAAGUUUGAUGUUGAAACCUUCAGAGAUUUGUUAACGGGUGCCAUUAUUAUGCAUGAUCUACCUUUUAAAUUUAUGGAGUUUGAAGGAAUUAGAGCUGUUUUGACAUAUUUGAAACUUGAUUUGAAUAUUGUUACUAGAAAUACUUGUAAGGCUGAUUGUCUAAAGAUGUUUAAAAGGGAAAAACAGAAUAUCAAAAAUAUGCUAGCAGUGUCACCUGGAAGGAUUUGUUUGACUUCAGAUUGUUGGUCAUCUUUAACUACUGAUGGUUACAUAUAUUUGACUGCUCACUUUGUUGAUAAGAGUUGGGUUUUGCAUAAAAGAAUUUUGAACUUCUGUUAUAUGCCACCUCCUCAUAAUGGGAUAUCAUUAUCUGAAAAAAUUCAUAGUUUUCUAUGUGAUUGGGGGAUUGAUUUAAGAGUUUUCACAUUGACAUUGGACAAUGCUUCCACAAAUGAUACUUGUGCUACUUUGUUGAAGACUCAAUUACUUAACAAAAAUGGACUUGUAUAUGGUGGAAAGUAUUUUCAUAUGCGUUGUUGGGCUCAUAUUAUGAAUUUAGUGGUUCAAGAUGGGCUGAAAUGCAUAGAUCCUUGUGUCACUAAAAUUCGUGAAUGUGUUAAGUAUGUGAAAGGCUCUCAAGUUAGAAAGCAAAUGUUUCUUGAAUGCGUUGCUCAUAGUUCUCUUGAUAGCAAGAAAGGAUUAAGGCAAGAUGUCACUACUCGAUGGAACUCAACUUACAUCAUGCUUGAAAGUGCCAUUUAUUAUCGUCGUGCAUUCAUGCAUUUAGAAUUGAGUGAUUCAAACUUAAAGCAUUGCCCUUCAAGAGAUGAAUGGGAGAAAGUGGAGAAAAUUUAA